CUGCAUAAAGAGAAAGAAAUAUACAGCAAUAGCAUUUUCAGCUCGGCGACUUUAUAUUCUCUUCUUCUUCACUCCGAAGGUCUCAAGCUCUCGACUUCAUCGAUCGUCGACUCCUCCCGGUGCUCGCGGCGAAUCACCUUCGGUCCCGCGUCGCUGAGGAUCUGGUCUGUGAUGCUCUAGAAGUUACCGCUGUACCUCAGCUGAACAUUUAACUUCUGCCCAAAUACAUUGCUUCGUCAUGGACCCUAAUCGAUACAUUGAUGAGAAGUCUGAAAGUAGACUCUAUAUUGGCAAUCUUGAUUUGAGAAUAACAGAGGCUACCCUAAUCAAGAUGUUUUCUCCGUUUGGGAAGAUUUUAUCAGAGGAUUUCCUUUGGCAUACUCGUGGCCCAAAACGAGGAGAGCCAAGAGGCUUUGCUUUCAUUCAGUACAGUAGCAAAGAGGAAGCUGAGCUUGCAAAGGAGAAGAUGCAUGGGAAGUUGGCCUGUGGUCGUCCUCUAGUUGUCCGUCUUGCUUGUGAGAAGUAUCUGGUGGAAGCGAAGGAGAACUCAUCCAAGGUAGGAGGUCAACUUGACAAGACUUGCAUAUCUGGUAGUAGUUCUGGACAGAUGAGUAAGAGCGCGAAGAUAGCUGCAAUCAAGAGCAAGUUGAAAGCUUUGGAGGAAGAAAACCCCAAUGGUAAGAAGCAGAAAAUAAGCUGACCACAUUCUGUGGCAAAUCGAGCUCCACUAACUACAUUUCAGGAGUGGCCCAUGUUCCAGAAAUAGUCAAGGAGCCACUUGCUGCCUUGCGGACUCGAGAUAUGGGAUGUUUUUGGGGUUGAAGGUUGGAACUGGGUGGGGUUGAAUGGCCGUUGUAGAUCUCAAGCUCUGUGAUGUAGGGAAACAUUGACAAUGUAUAUCCAGAGGUAUCGGUGGUUGUCGUAAAUCCUGUGGCGGAUAUUGGAUUGCUUAAUUCAGGAAAUUUCUCAAACUCCUUUCGCA